CGUCGCGCGAGCAGCACGCAGCACCUCCCUGCGGCCUAACUGCACGCACGACGGCAACACCGCUGUGGAGGAAACUGAAAAUUCAGAAGGGAAGAACGGCGUCGAAAUGUUGCGAGGAGUAUCUGUGGUGUUGCUGAUCGUCGUGGUGGCGGUCAGAGGCCUACCAAUGCUCGAGUCAACCCUCUGCCCGAUUGGGUCGGUCACUAAACAAGAGUUUCACUGCGCCAGUUGUCUACAGCCAUACUUGUGUGAUCCAACAGGCGGACUAGUGGUGCUACCCAUAUGUCUUGAUGGCACAGUGUGUGAGGAGGUCUUUGAAGAACAGGCUACGUGUAUCCCAAUGGCAGAUGCCACGAAAUGUAAUUGCGACAGCGACAGGUGCGACGACUACAACGAAUUGUACACCGACAAAUGCAACGCGGACGGUAUCGUCGACGUGGUUGACUGCGCCGGCAGCGUAAAAGGUGCUGGGGCAUGCCUGAGUGGGUACUGUGUUGACUGCACCUCUUAUGGUAUACCUGACCCAGAAGUUAUGGUAAUACCACCCAAAUGUAACAUCGGAUACGAUUGUGAAAAUGGGAUGGUUAAUGAUUCCGGAAGAAUUUGCGCUGCAGACGAGUACGUUUCCAAAGAUGGCAUCUGCUCCCCGGCGCCUCCAGAGCCCUGUUACGCAGGGAAUCUAUGCACUGGGGUUUGUCCUGACCUGCUGAACUGCACCCAGUACUACUUCUGUGAUCCGAAUGGGGGUGUACCAGGAGGACCUUAUGAUUGUGGUAAAGACUAUUUCUUCAAUCCAGACACAAGAAAAUGUGAGCAAGGAGAUCAAGGCGUUUGCGAUUUAUGGACUCAGUGCGAUUUUCCAGUCCAUGCCACAACAACCGCAACAACGUCUGAUGGAGGAGCAAGAGGUCUGAUAUUGAACAACGAAUCGGUCAUUGAUGACGAAGCGUGGUAAAUUCAUUGAUAGUUUCCACAAAUGUUGAAGCUUGCGGCGCUAACUACGAAGCAAUGAUCCUGAUGGACGAAAUUACAGACGAACAUUUUGUACCUCAGGUUAUUGAAAUAUUAAUAAAUUUCAUUCAGU